GUAAAAAAGGAACGAAUGGUUUUGGUGCUUGAUCCACUGGAAGUUAGAAGUUAAACAAGCAGUAAUAAACACGGAGCACACGACAUCGAAAAAAUGCAAGAUGUGCGAAAACGCCGAGGCAGCGAUUUUCAGACGCCAGUGCAACAUAGCAACUCAGUUUCGAAGAAAAAACUGCCAUCCAAAAAGAGACUGGAGUUUCAUUUUGACCUAUGGCUCUGUCUCACCGUGCAGAACUGGAUACUGGAUUUUGGAAGGCCUAUUGCCAUGAUUGUACUUCCUCUGGAAUGGUUCCCCUUGAACAAACCCAGUGCUGGGGACUACUUCCACAUGGCCUACAACGUUAUCACACCAUUUCUACUGCUCAAGUUAAUUGAGCGCAGUCCCAGGGUGCUGCCACGGUCAGCGAUCUACCUUUGCAUCAUCACCUUUGUUAUGGGAGCCAGCAUCCACCUAGUGGGUGACUCCAUCAAUCACCGACUUAUCUUGAGCGGGUACCAGCUCCACCUGUCCGUCAGAGAGAAUCCGAUCAUCAAAGACCUCAAACCUGCCUCACUGAUUGACUCAUUUGAACUGCUGUAUUAUUAUGAUGAGCAGCUGGGACAUUUAAUGUGGUAUAUCCCAUUCUUCAUCAUUCUAUUCAUCUACUUCACCAGCUGCUUUACUCAAGUCGUUGAGCAAAAGAAGAUUCCUGUCCCUGGCUGGCUCUUAAUGGGACCCAGUGCCCUCUACUAUUGGUACUUGGUCACUGAAGGACAGAUCUUUGAACUUUUCCUCCUCACCUUCCUUGCCAUGCUGGCCGUGGUAAUUCAACGACAACGUAAAGGCUUAAGCCCAGACAGCAAUGGGCUGUUUCUCCUAGGCAGUUUCUCUCUUACCAUGGCGCUGGUGGUAGUGUGGGUUGUCUAUUUGUGGAAUGACACCGUUCUACGUAAAAAGUACCCAGGUGUCAUCUACGUCCCAGAACCAUGGUCUUACUACUCUUUACAUGUCAAGCCAAGGCCUCAAGAUUAGAAACCACCUACAUCUCCGUUCAUGAGAUGACUAAUAGCCGAGGUAUCACCUGGACUUUGACACAGUAGAUGGGGAUUAUAAAUGUGUGCUAUCGUCAGAGUUAACUCAUAAGUGUUGAUCAUAGCCUUACAUUGGGGUAAAAAUUCUACCAACAUCUUUCACACUGCAUGUCAUUUGAUCUGUCAUCAACUGUAUGAUACUUAAAGGUUUUGAUGUGUACCCAUAGAAAUUACAGAGUAAAUCAAUCCUGGCCAUCACAAAUGAGACAGGUGUACGAGUCAUAUUGUGGCUUCACAUAGUUUAUCUAACCAUUUUCUAUUAGUCCUUUUGAAACAGAUUCCAACAUUUAACUCAUCUUUUUUGCAUCCCCUAACUUUUUAAGCCUUCUAUUAAAUGUUCAUUCUUUGCCUGGUUCUAUUGUUUUUACUCUUUUUACUCUCUUUGAAUCAUAUUUGCCUGCACAUGCUUUCUAAUCUAUGUUGAUGUGUGUAAUAUGAAAUUAAGUUCUGUCCACAUUUCAUACAUUUGCACAAGACAUUAUCUUACUGGCAGCACAGUGGCCCAGUGGUUAGCACUGUCACCUCACAGCAAGAAAGUCCAGGGUUCGAACCCCGGGGUUGUCCAACCUUGGGGGGGUCAUCCCAGAUCCUCUUCUGUGUGGAGUUUGCAUGUUUUCCCCAUGUCUGUGGUGGGUUUUCUCCGAGUGCUCCGGUUUCCCCCACCAUCAAACUGACCGAGCCAUGGCAAGAUGAACUGGAGCUGGUCCCCGGGUGCUGCACUAGCAGCUGCUCACCACUCCUAGCUACACAGCUAGGAUGGGUUAAACGCAGAGCGUAUUUCCCCACGGGGAUCUAUAAAGUAUCUCAAAAUAAAAAAAACCCUCAUCUUAUCGUUUCACCUGUGUUAAGUGAACAAGCUCCUUAGCUUUGUCAUGGGGAUUUUUCAAAAGAACACUCCUGAGGUAGAUGGACAGAGCCAGCUCUGUAACCUCAGCACUAGUGUAGCAUUCAAUCACUGUGAGUUGUAGGUGUGUGGAUGAUUUUAUAGAGCAAAGCAAGAAUGUUUAACUUGAUUCCACUGAUGGAUACGAUUUCAUAUUUCUGGCUGUGCACUUUCAUAGUGGGAAGGGUUGCAAAAUAUACAAGCGAAGUUCAUGAAAUAUGGAGUGCAAUCUGAAAUUGCAAGUCAAAUUUAACUUGUUUUAUGAGCCAUGUGUCAUUAUUUGAUAUCUAUCUAUCUAUCUAUCUAUCUAUCUAUCUAUCUAUCUAUCUAUCUAUCUAUCUAUCUAUCUAUCUAUGAUAUCUACGUAUGUAUGUGCAGUUUGAUGAAUGCAUUGCAAGGGACCAGAAAAUGUUAGUUUUCAAACUACAAAAAAAUGAGUCAGUAUUGGAGAUAUUUUCAUAUUAGUCACAUUUUAAUCAAAAGCUCAGGGAAUAUGUGACCAAAAGACUUGUGUGCGGUAUAUAAUACAGUUGUAAACUUCAUUUUUGAAAUAUGCUUUCUGAACAUUUUUUUUUAUCUGUCAUUACAUUUAGUAUUGUUGAUUUUAUUUGUAACUGUUAAGUGGAGUUUUAAUCCUGAAAGUUAUGCUUUUAUGUAUGUUUUAGUUAAAUGUUGUGCUGGUUAUUACUUUAACGUGUGAUCAUAAUGUGUGUUUACAACUUAAAGCAGUUACUGAUAUUUAUGUUUCAGUCAUUGCAACUGGUUGGACUUUGUGAAUGUUCAUCUGAAUUAAAUGGUGAAAUCAACUUCUAGUUGCUGGUUAUUAGCCAUGUGUUGCACCAUCAAGCAUUAAAUUCAGUCAGCAUCAU